AUGGAUGGCCCCGAGCCCUGCCCAAAGCCACCGGCGUGCGCCGUGCGAUGGCUCAUGGCAAAGCACCGCAAGAGCGGCUUCGCGGAGACGCCCCUGGCGGUCGGCCUGCUCCUGCUGCUGAGCGGUGUGUCCUGUUUCCUGGUGGUGGUGCUGCACAGGGCCGGGUCCCUCGACCAGGCAGCACAGGUCAUCCACCGGCUUCCGCCCGCGGAACCGGGUGGAGCGGCUCAGAAAGCGCGGACGAAGGCGCCCGCCCUGCCGCCCCGCAAGGGUCUGUCGGCGGUCAUUGCAGUGCCAGGGGGGCGGCUUGCCCCGUCCCCCUGCGGGGAGAAGGGCGGCUUGCUGGCCAAGAGUGUGGAGGCGCUGCUGGAGUCUUCCAGUGAGCUGAUCGAGAUCAUCGUGGUGGAGGACGGGAGCAAUCCACCGCUGCCACGGCCAGACCUCACCGGUAUGGCUUGGGAGGACCUGAAACUGCCUCGGCGGGAGGAGCCUUCCGAGUUGUGGCAGGGGGUGCGCUUACUUUGGCUGCGCUUGGAGGCGCCCCAGGGCGCCGCAGCGGCGAGGGCCAUGGGCGGGGAUGCCGCGCGCGGGGAGGCGCUGGCCUUCUUCGACUGCUACGUGAAGCCGCAAACCGGGUGGGCCGCGCCCAUCCUCGAGCUGCUGCGGCAGAGGCCCAAAGCGGUGGCCUUGCCAGCGCUCGACGACCUCGAUGCUGCGAGUUGGGAGACGUCAGGGUCGCCCCGCUUCUUCGACAACGUCUUCACUUGGGAGGCGGAGACAGUGCAGCUGUACUUUGACAAGGAGCGCGUGACCUGGCCACAUCCCAUCGACCAGGGCAACGUCAUGGUCUUCAGCUGGUCCUUUUGGCAACACAUCGGCGGAUACGACCGGAUGAUGAAAGGCUCCUCGACCUUGCUCAUCGAGAACAUCGAGCUGUCUCUUCGAGUCCUGCUCUGCGGCGGCAGCUUUGCCCCUGUGGCCCAAAGCGUCGUUGGCUUCUGCCACAAGCAACAUGGGACGCUCCACCACGAGAGGGAGGACAUGAUCUUCAACCAGGCCCGCAUCAUCGAGGCCUGGUUUGGCCCAUGGGCCUCCGAGGCCCAGAAGGAUCCGCGAUUUGCGGACUACCUGCUGGGCGCGAGGACUGUUGGGGACUUGUCGGAGAUCCGGUCGCUGCAGGAGAAUCUCCAAUGUGCAGGACUGGAGCAGUUUCUAGACACCUUCAGAGUGCCCCUGGAGAUCCUCGGACUGCUGCCUGGCGAGGUUUACUUCCUGCGUGAGGAGUCGACAGGACUUUGCCUGCAGGAGUGGAGCAAGGACGAUUGGGUGCUCAGCAAGUGCGAUGAUACGGCCAGAGGCCAGCUAUUCACCGGCAAGAAUGAGCUUGAGGGCGACGGCGACGGCCGCUGCUGCAGCGGGCUGGGCCCGGCCAAGGCGCUCCUGGGAUCCAACAGCUUCUGCUUGGAUGGUCGCCUUGGCAAGCCGGGGCCAUAUGGGUGCAUCCAUCGACGCCCUCCAAACAGCCAGAUCUGGUCUUUGCGCCCAGAUGGUCAGCUCUUUAGCCAGGAGUGGGGUUGCCUGGUGCCCGGCGAGGUGCCGGAGCCGCUGAGCGACCAGGCGUCCUGGGCGCCCUGUCGCUUCAGCGCCUCCGGGGGGCAGGCGGUGGAGGAGCAGCGCUUCCACCUCGAGGAGCUGGUAGCCGGCCGCUUCCGGCUGCGGCUGGCCACAGGGCACUGCCUGAAGGCGAACCUGGGUGAGGACCCGCAGCCUCCGCGGGUAGCGGACUGCGACGUGCAGGACAUAAAUCAGCAGUGGCUUUGGGCGAAGCCGUCCAUGAAGCUGGGCUUGAAGCCGGCCAACAAGCCUUCCACCUGUCUGGACACGGACAAUGGUCAGACGCCCCUGCUCUAUGUCUGCUACCCCAUGGAGGAUGCCCAUGCGCCCUAUGGCGUGCUGAACACGAACCAGGCGUUCUGGUUGACACCGAGCGGCCACAUCACGCAGUGGGGUCCGGUUGACACCGCCUUCACCAACCUGUGCUUGGAUGGCUCUCAGCCUGCACUGCGGCAGCCGCGCUUGGCCCUGGCCAACUGCGAGGAGGCACGGCAAGUGCGCUGGACCAAGGCCACAGCCAUGGGCGACAAGAAGGGCGGCGAUGAGAUCAACUACGCGCAGGAAAAUGCAUACAUGCAGCGCAAGAUCCUGGUGCUGCAGUACAGGGUCAUGAUCAAAGACGAGCAGAUCCUGGGCUGCCGAAAGUCAGAAGAAGACCUCAGGAAGCGCAUCGCCGAGCUGGACAAGGCCUUCGAUGACGAGGCGGUGAGGUGCCGGGAAAACACGGCGGAAAUGAGCCGGCAAUACCGGGAGAUGCAGGAGUCCUUCAACGAGACCAUCGAUGUGCUCCAGAAGCAGGUCUCGGAAGCAAAGGCAGAGAUAGAGUCCGUGACCAAGGAGAUAGAGCAGGUGAGAAUCGACAAGGAGGAGAUCCUGCGACAGAAGGACCUGGAAAUCGCCUCCCUGUCCUCCAAGAUGGAGACCAUGGCCUUCGAGUUCGCAGACAUGCUCAAGGAAACCUUGGACAAGAUGAGCCAGCGUAUCGAGGUCACGCACAACAGCUGGGACCGUGACACCACCAAGCCACCGCUCAUCAACCGCCUCAAGGCUUUUGGUCUCAACGACGAGCCCCACGAGCCUUGA